UAGCCCACGAAGUAAGGCUUGAAAACUGUACCUGACUCCCGUCAUCCAUCACAAUGUCCAAACUAAACACCUUUACUGAAUACCACGAAAACGUCCCGAAAAGCCAAGCAUCAGAACAAGAUGUCAUCUACCAGACCUACGUCUCCAAAAGCCCGGAAUGGCACCGAAAGAUGACCAGCCAGCUUCUCCGAAAGGUCGACAUGCAUCUUCUUCCGUUCCUCGUGGUGAUGUAUCUGCUCAAUUUUCUGGACCGAAACAACCUCUCUCAAGCUCGAUUAGGGUCCCUCGAAAAAGACCUCGGGAUGAAAGGAACGGACUACAACCUCGCAACUAGUAUCUUGUUCGUGGGAUACCUGCUCAUGCAACUUCCGUCAAAUCUUCUUAUCACCCGUGUCCGACCGUCGUUGUUUCUGGGGUCGGCGAUGGCGAUUUGGGGUGUCAUAUCGGCUUGUCAGGCGGCGACGCAGUCGUUUACUGGAUUGGUCUUGGCUCGGUUCUUUCUCGGAUUUGUGGAGGCGCCGUUCUUUCCUGGAGCGAUUAUGUUGAUGUCGAGUUGGUAUACCAGACAAGAGUUGAGUCAUCGCAUUGCCUGGUUCUAUGCCGGAAGCUCCCUGGCCAAUGCAUUCGGCGGACUUAUUGGGGCCGGAGUGUUGGGCAACUUGGAUGGUGCGCAUGGUAUAGCUGGAUGGCGAUGGCUGUUCAUCAUUGAAGGGUGCAUUACCGUCGGAGUCUCCCUUACCUCGACACUCCUGCUGCCAAACUACCCCGCAACAACACCAUGGCUGGAUGAUACAGAGAAGCUCUACGCCCAAUGGCGCCUCAUCCACGAUGCGGGAGAAGCAGACGAAGCUAAGUCGGGCAGUAUUAAAGAGGCACUGUAUCUGGUUUUCUCUGACAGGCGGAUUUAUCUGUUCAUCCUUCUUCAGCAUACGUCCCUUCUUUCACAAAACUUCCAGUACUUCUUUCCGACCAUCGUGCAGACUCUCGGUUAUGGAAACAUCGAGACCCUACUAAUCACCGCACCUGUCUGGAUCGCAACCUUCUUGGUAUCUCUCCUAGUAACUUGGAUAUCCGGCAAAACCGACGACCGAGGCCUACACAUUAUCCUCUUGAUGCUCGUCAGCGUCGUCGGAUGCAUAAUCUGCACCGCGACCACCAACAUCGGCGCCAAAUUCUUCGGCAUGUUUCUAAUGCCCAUGGGCGCCGUAUCAGCCUACCAAAUUAUCAUCGCCUGGGUAGCCAAUUCGUUCCCCCGCCCACUGGUCAAACGCUCGGCCGCGAUUGCAACAGCCAACAUGAUUGGAAACACCGCAUCGAUUUACGGCAGCUACAUGUGGCCGUCGUCAUCAGGACCCCGAUAUAUCGCCGGUGGCAGUGCCACGGCAGGGAUUGCCCUGCUCGUUGCCAUUCUGGCAUUUGUCAUCCGCGUUGUGCAUGCCAGGAUGAAUAGGGAGCUUGACGUGGCUCAGGAGGGGAGACGGGAUGGGUUGGAGCCGGAUGAUCUGGAAGCUCGGAAUGCCGGGUUUAGAUAUAUUCUAUAG